AUGGGUGCCUCAAAGAAGUGGAUGAAGUUGCUCAUUGGCCUAAAGAAUCUGGAAAAAGAUGAAGUCAAGAGGGGCGGUGAAACUAACAUGAUUAAGAACAGCAAGUGGAAAAUGCCAUGGAGGAGCUCAAAUAGAAAUCGUCAUCCGUCGACUUCAGAAGCUUAUGAUGCUUCAUCAGUGGCAGCCGAAGCUUUCACCUCAGCAGCGCCGGUGGCGGCGGCCGUGGUCCGAGCGCCAUUAAAGGAUUUAAGGAAAGACUGGGCUGCAAUCAGGAUACAGAGAGCAUAUCGUGGAAUCCUGGCAAGAAGAGCAUUGAGAGCGCUGAAAGGGAUUGUGAGGCUUCAGGCCUUCGUGAGAGUUCAUCAAGUGAGAAAGCGGGCUGCGGUGACCUUCAGAUGUAUGCAGGCUCUUAUUCGAGUUCAGGAGUUGGUUCGGGCGCGGCGGUCGAGAUUGUCCGCUGAACGGAAUGGUGUGAAGAAGAUAAUUGAGAACCAGCGAAGUGACAGGGAUCCAUUAAAAGCGGCAGAGGAAGGCUGGUGUGAUAGCCAAUGCACACUAGCACAAAUCAAGGCAAAGUUGCAGAUGAGAGAAGAUGGUGCAAUCAAGAGGGAAAGGGCCAUUGCUUACUCUAUAGAACAACAACAAUGGAGAUCAAACUCAAACGUGAGGUCUGAUCCAUCUCUUACCUCCCUAAAACGACAUGAUUUUGAGAAGAGAAAUGGAAACUGGAGCUGGUUAGAGGCAUCUAAGUUUGAAUGUAGAAACUGUGAAGCUAGUUCUGUUAAUAUCAGAAAGAACUAUGUCACAACAAGAGUUUCUGCGAAAGCUCGACCUGCUUCAUCGCCAAGCUCUGAGGUUCAUUGUGGUGACACUUCUCCUUCUUCUUCUGUAUACUUUACAACACCAAUCUCUGCUGCGAGUCUAUUCACGUUAGAAAGAACAGAAGAUAACAGAAGUAGAAAGCCAAGUUACAUGAAUUUGACUGAAUCAGCCAAGGCAAAGCUAAAGAACUGCUUGAAGUGUGAAACUGGUGAGGAAAAUGGAGAAAGAAUAUUGUUUGUGUGAAGAGUGACUGAAUUGCUUCUGUGCUUUGGCUUCCUUAUUGGCAAUCUAGGGAGAGUUUUCUGUUUGCCGAGCUGUAAUCCUAGCUUUGUCAUCAAUGGCACAUAAUUUAUUACAUGAUAAAUUGGAUUAA